AUGCGGAUCCUGCGGCGGAAGCCGCCCGACGCGCGGCCCGAGGAGAUGCUGGCACAGCAGCACUAUAGCGCUCCAGAGUUCAGAGCACGUGUGGCAGCCGCCAAGCUGAUGAACAUCCUUUGGGCCAAGGAGCCCUCGCAAGUGCAUCUGGACCAAAGCCUUUAUGGUGCUGCAUUCGUGUUGCCGCAGAUUGCGCGCUCCGCGGGUUGGCCCAAGGAGUUGCAGGUGUUGUGUUUGAAGACCUACGUGGUCUUGCUGUGCAACUACGUGGUGCAAUUUGCCAUUUUGUACUUCAUCGCCAAGGAGAAUGUUGUCUGGAAUCUCUUUUCCGGACAGAUGUUCUUGUGCGACUUUGGGAAAGACGCCGCGUCCUGCCCGGAUGGGCCCAACUGCAUCGGCCCGGGAGGGACGGUCUUCACCAAUUCCAGAUAUUAUGCCUGGAGUCAAUGGAGCGCGCGGACCUUUGCACGGGAUUCCAUGAAGGCACUCUUUCCAGACGAGCUGCCAGACAUUGCCAGAUAUGCAGAUCCUGGGGAAUACGGCCUUGAGAGCCACACAUGCCGGAUGGUCUGCUGCAUGCUCUUCGUGGUCACCGUGCUCAGCGAUUUGCUUGGAAGCUUCAACUUGGCCUGGUUGAUGAAUAGCAUCGAGAGCGAGGAUGGUCUGUGGAUCGAUUGGGAACCGCCCAAACAAAGCGCUUGGGCCAGCAAGGAGCAUGCCAAAGUGGUGAUGAACUGCGCGGAGACCCACUUUGUGCAACUGAAAAUCGCAGGCAUGCCUCUCCAUUGGAAAGUGCUGAAUUGGUUUCUGAUCUUGUUGCCAAAGCUGGCGCUUUGGAGGGUCACCACAGAAGCGGGCAUUGUGUUUCUCAUGGAGACACAAGGGAUCGAAGAUUUGGUGGUGAAUUCCGUGGCUUUAGCCUUUAUCUUGCAGAUCGAUGAGUUGCUCUGUUCCGAGCUGAUGAAUGUGAAAGUGCAACAGCUCCUGGCCAAGAUGAAUGUGCAAUUGACUGGUGAUGCUGCCUUCAUCAACGAAGUGGAGGGCCUCACUGAUCAAGAGCUCUUCGAGCGGAACCAGCAAGAGAUCACGGAGCCCUGGACUUUCCGAGAUCUUUGGAAGUUGGUUCCAGUGAAGCUGGUGCUGACGCUCUUUAUCACGUGGUUCUUCGUGAUGCGAUAUUACUGGCAGAAUUGCGUUCUGAGCGAGGCGGGUGGCCUGGUGUCGCAUGCCAUGGGACUUCCACGGAGCUCCAAGUUAUCACUCGCCAGCGCCUACCUCUCGGACCUCGAAGGGGUUAACACGUGCCACUUAUGCCAAUCUAGCGAUCGCCAAGCUGCCAAGAUCUGGGUGAAAGGCAUUUUGCCUGCUGGUCCCUCUCUCUGUUUGCUGGAUGUCCAGGUGUCAGCUGUGGGGCCGGUUGUCUUGGAAGUUGGUAGCCAGUCGGUGGUGGUUUCAGUGCCGGGGUGUCGCUUGUCCGAUGUCACAUGUGUGGUUGAAUUGUGUUCUGGACUUGGUGCCUUUUCCAGUGGACUUUCUCGACUUCAUCUGAAUGCUGUUGCAGGGGUGGACGAGAACCCGGUGUGGAAAUCCUUGUAUACCAAGCUUCAUGGGAAACAUGCUCAGUUCAUCCAUGGUGAUAUCCACUCGGGUGAUACCCUGAAAAGGCUUGUGGAUGAGAAGUACUUUCAUUGCAUAGUAGCAGCAGGGGUGCACUGUCAACCAUUCAGUCGUAUGGGGGAUGGCAAGGGAAUGUUGGAUAACAGGUCACAAUCUCUUCCCAAAGCACUUGCCACCAGUUGGAUUUUGCAAGCAGUGAUCGUCCUGUUGGAAUGCGUUCCGGGUGUGAUGUCUGAUGCUGGUUUUCAAGGGGUUCUUCGGCAAUUUGUCAGCCAGACUGGAUACAAGCUGACACAGGUGGUACUGCACCUUCAGGUGUCAGCCGAAGACCAGAAGCAGAUAGCUCUCAACCUGUAUGAGCUGAGCAAGUAUCAUGCUUAUGCCUUGGGGGGAAUCGCCAAACAAUAUGUGGAUUUGGAUGCCAAAGCUGCCACGGUUUUGCACUCCUUGGGCAAUCAGAUGUAUCACUGUGCAUGUGGAUGCCGUCCACCGUUGAGUGAAGAAAGGUUGAAACAAAGAGGGUUGGUCGGGGCCUUGUUGAAGUUGGGCACCAGUCAAGUCCAUUGCAACGUUGAAAUGGAACACUGUAGGUAUUGGCACCCUGAUGAAAUGUGGGUUCUUUUAGGAGGUAUGCCAGGGAUUGACUUUGGUCCGAACCUUCGACUUGCCAUGGCAGGGAUUGGUCAGUGUGUUGCACCCUUGAUGGCCUUGUGGGUUUUCUCGCAUGUCCGCCAGCACCUGGAUGAGUUUUUAGGAAUGCCGUCCUGCCAGCCACUUGACAUGCUCCGAGGGUAUGCAUCCGAAGUUUUGCAAGCUUGCAACAUCCGAUGGCCAAAGCAGCCUUCUGCGGUAGGUCCCGCCCUUGCUGAAGCAUCCGUUCCGUCUGAAUCUGAAACAGGGAUCCCACCCACAGUCCAGGAUCCCUCUGGUGUAGUCACAGUUCGCUGGGAUAAACUAGGGGUAAAUCAGCAGGUUGCUUUUACUGAGGGUGCCACUGUGCGUCAACUUCUGCAAGCUGAACAGGCCAUCCAGGACAUUCAGGGUAGUGUGGGGGUAACUGUUGCGGGAGUUGACAUGGACUUGGACUUGCCCCUCCAGCCGGGUUGGACUUUGGACUUUACCCUGGCCACAUCCCCAUCGGUGUCAGAUAGACCUGAAGCGGUUGCUGAUUGGAAUACCUAUGCAGUUUCCACCUUCCAUGCACUUGCCCAAGAACGACAGCAGUCGAUCAGCAAAGAGGCACGUCAGUUGAUUCUGGCUCAACAGGGGCCAAUUUGGGGUGAUGAUGAAGUGUUGGCUGGGUUGCAUAGCAUUGCAGCCCAAACAGGGGCCGACCAGUUUGUUCAUGUUUGGGACCCUCUGUUGGUUUCUGGUUUGGUGGUUGAUAGCCAAGCACGUACUUGGGUUGACUUGAUUGGGCGCCUUGGCCAAGUGGCAACUGUCAUUUCUGCUGUGGCGGUUGAGAACCAUUGGUUUCCGGUGGUAUGGAGGUUGGACGGUGAAUCUACCAGGUUGUUCACAUGUGGUGUCACUGCGGCUCAGUCAGGGGCUUUUGAUUUUCUUAGCAGCAUCGUUGGAGCUCAUCGAACUGGAGCUCAGCAGCCAUGGAAAAACACACCUCUUGGGUUUGUGCCUUCGGGUCACUGUGGUGCCCUUGCCUUGUUGUUUGUCCAGCAUCUGUUGUGGGGGGAACCUUUGGUUUACACUCAAGCCCAGGUUGAAGCAGCCUCUGAUCGUUUCAGGGAUGCAUUUGUUGCCAGUGACACGGUCAACUUUUUGCGCCCCCGUUUAGCAGCUCUUGGACUUGAUCCCAGUGGACUUUUGGGAGACUUGCUGCAGCAGCAUGGAGUAGCCAGGGAGGAGGUCGGUGAAAGGGUUGCACUUGUCAAAAAGACCCUUGGGGAGGACACCAUUGCCAAAGCCAUGGCAGCCAAUAACCCAUGGCAAGAGUUGAAGUGGCAUGCCAACCAGCUGCGACCUCCUAUGGUCUUGAUCAAACCUUCAGAGUUGCAAAGGACCAUUGACAAGCGGUCAGAGAGGGCAGUAGGAGCCAAGAAGCAUAAGCAUGGGAAAGGGAAGGGAAAAGGCAAAGCUGCUCCGCAGGCAGUCUUGGAUUCCACCAUGUUGCGUUUGGAACAGGGGGUUUUUCAAACUCCUCAGGGUCAGUCGCUUGGUCAAGUUGCCUUGUCCAGUCUGUCGGUCGCAGUAUCAGGGGUGGUUUUGACGACCUUGUCAGUGCCGUCCAGGGUUUUGCAGCUGAGAUGGUGCGGAUCCCCUUGGUUUGUGCGUCCAAUUCAGAGCCGUUGUUGGUCGAUGCAUGGUUGGUUCAAAUGGGAGCAGUGCGGGUUUGAACGAGUUCCAGCCAAAGUGGAAUUUGCAGUUCAGUCGAUUCCAACUUGCGUGGUGAAGGCCAUGGUCUAUAGGGAUUUGACUUCAGCUGACUGGGCAGACGUUGUUGCACACCCCCUGAAGCACAUUUUUGGACUUGUGCCGCCUUUGCAGGUUUGUCCGGAAAGUGACUGCCCAGGUUGUGAAUGUUGGCACCAGUCAGCACAAUACCCGCUUGAAGGACCAGUUGUCGAAGUGUGGAGCAAGCAAUGGCUUCGCCUGAACUUUGUAGCUAGCUCACCGCAACAAGCUGAAGUCUUUGUUGUCAAUUUGCGCAUUCCAGAGGUGUUGCAACACAUAGUCCAAGAGUUCAGUGGUUUCUCAGGGAUCUUUUUGGAGCCCAAGAGUGUUGACGGGCGCAAGCCGAGCGAUUUGUACCAAGUCAUUUGGUUUCCCAAAGCAUCCGUAGAACAGCUUACCAUGCAGAGGCAGACUAUCCCUGAGGUGUGCGGCUUAGCCAGACUGGGUCACAAGUUGGGUCUUCGCUGUAAAGCGGAGCAUGCUGCGGCUGUUUUUGCAAAGACCAAACCAGGUAUGACUUUCCUGCCGGCAGGAAAGAAGCAGGCAUGGCUUGUGGGACCUUUCCCAUACUUUGAUGUCAUCGGUGGCAGCGGCCUUGAAGGUUUGAUGUACAAGGUGCAGUCGGUGGAUGAUCCACCAGCCAAGGCCACCAAAGCUAUGGUUUCCAAAGAUGGCAUUGAUGAGCUACAGCUCAAUGACCCCUGGGCUCAGGGAAGCAUGAAACCUGCCCGUCCGCAGCAGUUUGCCAUUGGGAACCCAAUUGAGGACUUGGAGCAGCGGAUUGUCCAAGAAGUUUUGGCUCAGCUUCCGAAGCAAGCCAUGGAAGUCGACCUGGAUGACAGCAGUGCUGUACGGGUUCAGCAAUUGGAGAGGCAGGUUUCAGAAAUUCAGGCUCAGACGAGUCAGCUUAGCCAGGCCGUUCAGAAGCAUGCCACCGAGCAAGCAGGCCAUGUCCAGGAUCUGCAGCACCAAAUCAGCCACCAGGGAGCUCAUUUUGAGCAGGCGAUCAGCGCACAGGCCGCACAAUUGCAGUCCUUCCAGGACACCUUUCAUGAGCAGUUCAAGCAACAGGUCACACAUCAGCAGGUUCACCUGACUGCUGUAGCCAUUGAGUUUGAUCACUGGGCUGACCAUGCCGCAGUGAUUGCCAGUUUUCGAGCGUACUUCAAGCAGCUCCGUAGGUUGCAAGCCUUGAAACAACUUUUGGCUAGUGACACGGGUCCGAAUGCAAAGGGCACUAUCGUCGCCACCUGGAAGGUGUUGCCAGUGUCUUGCCCAGCAGCUGACCUUGUAGGGACCAUGUUUGAAGCUUUUCAUGCGUUUGUGGUGCAGUUUGAAUCUCAGUUGGCGCAGCAGAGGUACAGGUAUGCCAAACAGACGAGGUCAGAGAAACUUCAGUAUGUUUUUCAAGAUUGCCGAGCCGAUCCCCUGCCACAGGCGGACACCUUGUUGGACAGUCUUGACGUUGGCAUUGAGGAAGUAAGAGAGGAAGAUGCAUCCCUAGUCUUGGUUGAACCGACCCAGCUGCUACCAGAUGUCCCUGUUGUUGCAGGCGGGCAGGUGCUUGAGGUUUUGCAUGCCGACCAUGAUCAGGUGUGGGUAGCUGAUGUAACCGGAGUAGGACCAGGCAUGCACCUCUCUCAACAGAGAGCAGUUUUGGAUGAUCAAGCCAUUCUUAACCGGUUCAAAGACACGUGGUCUCAGCGAUGGAAUCAGAUGGCACAUGUUGCAGAAGGCCAGUGGGAUCAAAUUUUUGCCUUUGCGAGCCGCCAUUUUCGGCCUAUGCAGUGGACGACCGACCCUUGGACUAAGGAUCGAUUUGUCACGGCAGUCAGGCGAAAGAAAUGCCGAGCAGCCAAAGGACCUGAUGGAGUUUCUCAACCGGAUUUACUUGCCUUGCCGUACGAAGCUACCCAGGCUUUUGUGGAUAUGUAUGAUGGAGUUGAAUCUGGUUGCCCAUGGCCACAACAGGUUGCCACAGGUUUUAUCACAAGCUUGGCCAAAGUAGCCACAGCACAGCAGGUGGAUGCUUUUCGUCCGGUUACAGUGUACAGUCUGGUCUACCGUCUUUGGUCGUCUGAACGUGCCAGAGAGGCCUUGCAUCAGGUCUGUCAAUGGAUUCCUGAUAGUGUUCAGGGAGGGUUGCCGGGUCGACAAGCCAAAACCAUUUGGUAUGCUGAAGCUCAAGCUUUGGAGGUGGCACACAUGCAAGGGGCCGAGCUGAAUGGACUUCAGAUGGACAUCCAAAACUGUUUCAAUGCUAUCCCAAGAAUGCCGUUGUGGUGGGUUUUGCGUCAGUUGGAUUUUCCGGAGCAUGUCUUGCGUGCUUGGGUGAGUUUUGUAUCAGGGCAGUCCAGGCGAUUUCGUGUGCGUCGGUCCACUGGGGAAGCAAUCAGUUCUGUUUGUGGAUUGCCUGAGGGCUGUGCGCUGUCGGUUUUUGGUAUGGUGGUGGUGGACUGGAUGCUGGACGUGUGGCUCAGACAGCUGUCUCCUUCUCCAUCCCUUCAGGCGUUUGUGGAUGACUGGAGUGUCAUGUUUCCUGACCAUCAUGAGUUCGAGGCCAUCUGGCAGGCGGUCCAGGCUUUCACCAGCAGUAUGGACUUGACCUUGGACUUGCACAAAACAAAAGUGUGGAGCACAACUACGGAGGCACGAAAGCACUUUAGGGAGGGGCAGUUAGAUGUUGCCUUUGUGUCCAGGGUUUUGGGAGCUCACCAGAACUACACCCGCCAUGCGUGGAAUGCAAUCCUCCAGAAACGUCUUCAGACACUUCCAGGUAUUUGGGUGAAACUUAGAGCCAGCCUGGCGCCGUAUAAAGCCAAGCUUCUUGCCAUUCGCAUGAUGGGGUGGCCAAGGGCUUUUCAUGCAUGUUCGGUUGUUCAGAUCGGGAGUUCCCACUACCAGAAGGCGAGGUCAGGUGCCAUGCAAGGUCUCCGCACCCAGCGGAAAGGUGCCAAUCCAUGUCUCCAUCUGGUCUUGCAGAGUCUUUAUGGUGAUCCCGAAGCUAGGGUCAUUGCUCAGACUUUCCGUGAUGUGCGUGAGUUGGGAGGGGAGCGAGCCGAGUCACUUUUGGCAUUACAUGCUACAGAGCCUGCAGACAUGCCUGGCAAUGGGCCCUCAGCAAUUCUGGCCUCCCGCAUCUCUAGGGUGGGACGGACUGAGUUGCACCGUGCCCUGCGCCCAUAUGGUGACUUGGACUUGGCGCUGUUGCGCUGCCACCUCGAUGGCACACUCUAUACCCAAAAUGGUAGGGCCAAGUUCCAGCAGGGUGUGGAGUCGAAGUGCCCUUGGUGUCAGGAAAAGGAACCGAAGUUGCGUUUUGCAGCAUGGGCAGUGACUUGUGCGACACAGGGGCCGGGAGCCUUGCAGCAUGAAGUGGUGAUGGGGGGGCAUGUUGCUGGCCUCAUCCAGACUGCGUUUCGUGCGGAACUGACUGCGGUUGUUGAAGCUAUGCAAUGGGCGGCCAGCCACAGAGUGCAGGUUCGUAUAUGGUCAGAUUGCUUGGCGGUGGUCCGUGGAUUCAAGCGGCUUUUGCGAGGUUUGGCGGUCAGACCUAACAAAUCCCAUUCAGACUUGUGGCAGCGGAUGGCCUUCCUCCUUCAACAGGGCGAGCCAGGUCAGUUUCAACUGAUCAAGGUAGUCUCUCAUGGAGAUGUGGCCCAAGCCUCAGAUCCACUUGAAGCUUGGGUUUACUGGCACAAUCACUUGGUUGAUCGAGCAGCACAGGUGAUCAAUGAGAAACGGUCAGCGGAGUUUUGGCAAGCACAUCAAGGGAUGGUUGAUGCACUGAGCUUUCACCGGAAGUUGCAUCAGGCCAUCUUACAAGUACAUCUGCGCACUGCACGGAAGGCUGUUAUGGCUCAACAGGUACCGAAGCAGCAGGACGCAGCACCAGACGUAGUUCCAGAGCGCCCUAUGCAGGUUCCGACAGACUGGGUGUUGCCAGAAAAGAUGUUUGCAAGGCAUGGUCGCCUUAAUGUUGAGGCUGUUCAUCAGUGGUGGAGCGAGACUGGCACCCAAGUUCUGGGAGGGAAAGGUCAACUGCAGUUUGUGGCAGGUUUUCAACUGUUUUUGGACUUUUACUUGCCAACCCUUCACCAGGGACCUUGGGUACACAAGAAGCGCUGGUUUUCCGAGGAACAACACGUUCCCAUGGUAGCAAAGAAGCGUUUGGGAGCGCGGGUCAAACAGUUUUUGACGUUGUUUCAGGUUUACUUGCGUCAUCAAGGUGUUACCAAUGUUACCAAAAUGACGCGACCCACUAGCAGUGCUCUUGCCAAGUGGCUUGUCUGCUACAAACUGCGAUAUCCCAAAGACAGACUCCAAAAACUGGAUGAUGUCAUAUUUGAAAUCGCAGGAAAGCAGCUUGCUUGCGCUGCUGAAAUGGCGGCUUUCGAACCCUUUUAG